AUGGGCGACUGGGAGAUUGACAUGGGUCCCGUCCCUGGAGUUUGGAGGAUGAGUGAGACUGGUGCCUCCUUCCCAGCUGGGGAGUACUUAAGGAGAAGGAGGCAAGACUUGCUCUGGGGAAACCAUAGCUCUCUUACUGAGUUUAUUCUUUUAGGAUUCUCUCGUAACAAAGAAAUAAAUGUUAUUGUAUUCAGUGUCUUCCUCUUCCUCUACCUCAUCACCCUUUUGGGCAAUGGGCUCGUUAUCACCUUGAUACGCAUGGAUUCCCACCUCCACACACCCAUGUACUUUUUCUUCAGUGUCCUAUGCAUUAUGGAUAUGGGCUAUGUCACCACCACAGUGCCCCAGAUGCUGGUACACCUGGUUUCCAAGAAGAAGACCAUCUCCUACAUUGGAUGCGUGACCCAGAUGUACAUCUUCUUGAUGCUAGGAAUCACUGAAUCUUGGCUUUUUGCAAUCAUGGCUUAUGACAGGUAUGUGGCCAUUUGCCAUCCCCUGAGGUAUAAAGUCAUCAUGAGUACUUUGCUAUGUGGGUCAAUGGUGGCCUUCUGUGGAUUCUGGGGUAUCAGCUGUGCCCUGAUAUACACUGUCUCUGUUAUGAUUCUUCCCUAUUGUGGUCCCAAUGAGAUCAAUCACUUCUUCUGUGAAGUACCUGCAGUCUUAAAGUUAGCCUGUGCAGACACAUCUCUCAAUUAUCAGGUAGACUUCAUCUUGGGCUUCAUCCUUCUGUUGGUUCCACUCUCCCUAAUCAUCAUUGUGUAUAUCAAUAUUUUUGCUGCCAUCUUAAGGAUUCGCUCAGCCCAAGGGCAGCUCAAGGCCUUUUCCACCUGUGCUUCCCACAUCACUAUGGUCACUAUGUUCUCCAUACCAUGUAUGGUUAUGUACAUGAGACCUGGUUCUGAGUCUUCCCCAGAAGAGGACAAGAAGUUGGCUCUAUUCUACAAUAUCAUCUCUGCUUUCCUCAACCCCAUCAUCUAUAGUCUUAGGAACAAAGAUGUGAAGAGAGCUUUCCUUAAAGUGACAGGCUGGGGCAAAGCACCAGAAUGA